AUGCAGAUUUUCGUGAAGACUUUGACCGGCAAGACGAUCACGCUGGACGUGGAGCCUUCGGACUCGAUCGACAACGUCAAGCAAAAAAUUCAGGACAAGGAAGGCAUCCCUCCUGACCAGCAGCGUCUGAUCUUCGCUGGUAAGCAGCUGGAGGACGGCCGCACGCUGAGCGACUACAACAUCCAGAAGGAGUCUACGCUUCACCUGGUGCUUCGCCUGCGUGGUGGCAUGCAGAUCUUUGUGAAGACUUUGACCGGCAAGACGAUCACGCUGGACGUGGAGCCUUCGGACUCGAUCGACAACGUCAAGCAAAAAAUUCAGGAUAAGGAAGGCAUCCCUCCUGACCAACAGCGUCUGAUCUUCGCUGGCAAGCAGCUGGAGGACGGCCGUACGCUGAGCGACUACAACAUCCAGAAGGAAUCAACGCUUCAUCUGGUGCUUCGCCUGCGUGGUGGCAUGCAGAUUUUUGUGAAGACUUUGACCGGCAAGACGAUCACGCUGGACGUGGAGCCUUCAGACUCGAUCGACAACGUCAAGCAAAAAAUUCAGGACAAGGAAGGCAUCCCUCCUGACCAACAGCGUCUGAUCUUCGCUGGUAAGCAGCUGGAGGACGGCCGUACGCUGAGCGACUACAACAUCCAGAAGGAGUCAACGCUUCAUCUGGUGCUUCGCCUGCGUGGUGGCAUGCAGAUCUUUGUGAAGACUUUAACUGGCAAGACGAUCACGCUGGACGUGGAGCCUUCAGACUCGAUCGACAACGUCAAGCAAAAAAUUCAGGACAAGGAAGGCAUCCCUCCUGACCAGCAGCGUCUGAUCUUCGCUGGUAAGCAGCUGGAGGACGGCCGCACGCUGAGCGACUACAACAUCCAGAAGGAGUCAACGCUUCACCUGGUGCUUCGCCUGCGUGGCGGUAACUAA